AUGCGCUCUAAAGCUAAUUUAUAGACUAAUCCAUCUCCAUUUAAGUGUUAAACUUUAUAGGAUUUACAAGAAUAGAUUUUGUAAGUCAACAAAAUGCAGCGUAUUCCUACUGAAACAGAUAAAGGAAAAGGUUCUACGAGCAAUUUAUUAUUGAAGUUUGAAAAUUACCUAGAUAGCAAUUUAAGAGUUAAUAGAGAUUAGUAGUACUAAAGUGAACAUUCAAAAUAUAACUCGAGAAGAAAUAGUGAAAUAAAAUUUAUGGAGAAUCAAACUAAAAAUUAAAUAGAACUAGCAAAUAAUUAUAAUAGUAUGUCAAGGAAGCCAAGUUAUUUAAGCAUAGCUUCAACUCUUAAAUAAGAUGAUUAAACUUAAUAAAAACUUGAUCUUUCUAAAUAAGAUAAAUUAUAAAAAGAAAAAUCAGGGCUACUUUAGCUUUUGCAAAAUCCUGCUCAAACUUCAACAUCUAAUAAUUAUAUUGAAUUUAUAGAGCAAAGAUAAAGAGAGCUGCAAAAAAAAGCACUAGCUUCAGCUCAUAUGUCAAGGGAAUAAUCGCCAAGUCUCGUUAAUAACACACCAAACCUUAUUUAAAACUCACCAAUAGGUUACUUAAGUUAAAAUGCCUAUUUAAGCCAUACACCAAUUUAAAAAAAGGUUGAUAUAUUUUAAUAUAACACUUCAAACCUACUCAAAACAUCAUAAGUAAACGAAUACUCAGAUAAAAAUCAAUAUAGUAUAAUUGGAAAGCAUAAAAGAAAUCAAAGUGCUCAACUACUCAACAAUGGAUAAUAAGGCUAUAUCUAAAAUACUCCUCUUACUGAAAACAAAACAUUUCUUGCUUCAGUAUAAAAUAAAAUUUAAAAUACUCCACUUCAAUAGAAACCAAUCGUAUCACAGCCAUAAUAAAUAUAAAUGUAAGCAUAAAAGCCAUAAUAUGAAGUAUAGCUUGAGUAAUAAAUCUACAGUACUUAAAAGUAAAAGAAAUUUUAACUCUAAUUAGACUAAAAAAAGCCACUCAAAGAAUCUUUUUCAGAAACCUAAACAACCAGCAACUCCACUUAAAAAAGAUCUAUGCUAGGUUAAUAUAAUAAUUAUGCUAAAAAAUAAUCAGCAGAUUUAAGACAUAUUAACAUCAACUCUUAUAUGUCUCAGAUCAACUAAUAAGAUCAACAAAAUGAAAAUUAAUAACCCUAUAAUGAAUAACUAAAUUAAAAUGUUAACUUAUAUUCUUGCUUAAAGACUAAUAAUUCUCAAUAAAAAUUAAAAACAUCUGCCAUCAACUCUUCGAAUGUUAUGAAGAGCUACUCUAACAAAGAAAAUGAUGAUAGCUACAUAGCGAAUUUCAAUCUUAUAAAAAAGUCAAAUAAUGAUCUUUCAAUUUUUUAUACUUCAAACAGAGAGAAAGACAAUACCAAUAACCCCUCAAAUGGAAAAAGUGGACGUUCUUAUUUAUAAGCUAACUAAUCGAAUUUAGAUAAUAUAACAUGCAAUUUUUAAGGAUCAAAAUAAGACACAAAGGUAUCUAGUGAAGAAUUAGACGACUCAAUAAGGAAUAUACUCUAUUAAAAGAUUAAUUUUUAAAACGAUGGAUAGAUUUUUGAACCCAAAUAACUCAAAGCAGAUAAUUAUAUAGAAGAUUACAAUGAUAUUUAAGCUCUAUAACCAGAUGACCCAAGAGAUUAUUCAAAAAAUAGAAUAGAAUAUAACUAAUAAAACUCAAUCGAAGAAUAAGUUGUGUUUAAUAAUAGCUUAGAGUAAAACUAAUAAGAAGCUGAAUAAAUAAACUAAGGCUACAAAGAUAUUGAUUAAAAUAAUUAAAAUUAGGAGUAAAUAAAUGAUGAAGAUUUCUCUAAAGUUAAAAUAAAUGAAGAGAUUUCCUCUAAACAAAUCAAAACUUUAUCAAAUAUCUUUAAAAUUUGUGAUACUAAAAACCUUCCUAUAGAAUAUGUAGAGCAAUUAAUUUAACUUAAAAACGUUAUAUCAGAGAUAAUAUCUUAAAACUAAUGA